CUGCUGCCGGGCGCCGAGCCGGCCGCGCACUGCUACUGCGGCCACCAGUUCGGCCAGUUCGCUGGGCAGCUGGGCGACGGCGCCGCCAUGUACCUGGGCGAGGUGUGCCCGACGGCCGGCGAGCGCUGGGAGCUGCAGCUCAAGGGUGCUGGCCCCACGCCCUUUUCCAGGCAGGCUGACGGCCGCAAAGUCCUGCGCUCCAGCAUCCGGGAGUUCCUGUGCAGCGAGGCCAUGUUCCAUCUGGGGAUCCCCACCACGCGGGCCGGGGCCUGUGUCAUGUCUGCCUCCACGGUCGUGCGGGACGUGUUCUAUGAUGGUAAUCCAAAGCGUGAGAAGUGCGCGGUCGUGUUGCGCCUAGCUCCCACCUUCCUAAGGUUUGGGUCUUUUGAGAUCUUUAAGCCCGCAGAUGCACACACGGGGCGUGAGGGCCCCAGUGUCGGGAGGAACGACAUCCGUGUCCAGAUGCUAAACUACGUGGUCAGCUCCUUUUACCCCGAGAUCCAGGCAGCCCACCCCGACGACCCUGUGAGGAGGAAUGCCGCCUUCUUCCGGGAGGUGACACGGCGCACGGCCCGGAUGGUGGCUGAGUGGCAGUGUGUGGGCUUCUGCCAUGGUGUGCUCAACACGGACAACAUGAGUAUUGUGGGGCUCACCAUCGACUAUGGGCCCUUCGGCUUCCUGGACAGGUAUGACCCUGACCACGUGUGCAAUGCCUCAGACAGUGGAGGGCGCUACACAUACAGCAAACAGCCUGAGGUAUGCAAGUGGAACUUGCAGAAGCUGGCGGAGGUGCUGGUGCCCGAGCUGCCCCUGGAGGUGGGCGAGGCUGUGCUGGCUGAGGAGUUCGACGCCGAGUUCCAGCGGCAUUACCUACAGAAGAUGCGCCGGAAGCUGGGCCUGGUGCGGGUGGAGCUGGAGGAGGACCUGCAGCUGGUGGCCCGGCUCCUGGAGACCAUGCACCUGACCGGGGCUGACUUCACCAACACCUUCUGCCUGCUGAGCACCUUUGGGGGAUGGCCCUUGUUACCAGACCCGGCAGCCUUCGUGGACCAGCUCCUAGAGCAGUGUGCGUGCCUGGAGGAGUUAAAGAGGGCACUGCAGCCCCAGAUGGACCCCCGGCAGCUCUCUCUGAUGCUGAUGCUGGCACAGUCGAACCCGCAGCUGCUGGCCCUCGUGGGUGGGCAGGCCGGCCUGGCACGUGAGCUGGAGCGCAUCGAGCAGCACUCGCGGCUGCAGCAGCUGAGCCCAGCCGAACUGCAGAGCAAGAACCGUGCCCUCUGGACCAAGUGGCUGCAGGAGUACAGUGCACGCCUGGAAAAGGACGCAGAAGGUGCCGGCAACCCUGACGCAUGGCAGGCAGAACACGUGCAGGCCAUGCGUGACAACAACCCCAAGUAUGUGCUCCGAAACUACAUUGCCCAGAAUGCCAUCGAGGCUGCAGAGAAUGGAGACGUGUCGGAGGUUCGGCGGGUGCUGAAGCUGCUGGAGGACCCUUACCGCCAGGAGGAGGAUCCCUUGGAGAUCCCGCAGGCUGGGGAGGCUGCUGGGGCAGUGAGCCCGCGGUGCCCUUACAACAGCAGGCCCCCUCUGUGGGCAGCCCAGCUGCGUGUGACGUGA